AUGUCGACUUCUACUGCUGUGCGGCCUGCGUUGAGGCUUCUCUUGAAGCCCAGCAGAAUACAGCAUACCCCACCCACCUUCCUCCUCCCGUCCCUGCUCGCCCCGACUCAACAAAGUGCUCCUUUCAGCAGCACAACAUCAAGCCUCUACCCCCGAGAUAUGAAUCGUCAGCGAGGUGUCUCAACUCAGCGCCGUACCGGUCCUCGUCAGCCGCUUUCAGUCUCCAAGACCGAGAUUCCUAAACCCAUUCUUGAUCCUUCGAAGCGAGCUAAGGUCGAAGUCGACGAGGAUCAUGGUCUCUGGGAAUUCUUUCACAGCAAAGAGAAGCCCAUGAACACACCCGAAGAAGAUUAUGAGCAUGGGAGACCGUGGACCGUGGAGGAAUUGAGAGGGAAGAGCUGGGAGGAUUUACAUAGUCUGUGGUGGGUUUGUUGUAAGGAGCGGAAUAGGAUUGCGACAGAG